CCCAAACCGCCAUUACCUCGACGCUACCCCAGACGAUAUAGACGAUCCAUAGACACCGACGACCACGACGACAGCGACGGAAUUCAUAUGGCCUUCAGCUACAAACGCUACGCUGCCAAGGAACCUCUAUCCAGCAGGUCCGAGGUUCACAAACUAGACUCUGGUUUACAUUCUGUUCGAGGUACAAUCAUGAAUAUUGGGGAGGUUAUCUCCUUGAUCUCGGAUAGACGCACCGUCACCAAGCUUCUUUUGGGGCACAAUGAAUUGGGCAACGACGGGUGCACGGUCCUAUUCAGGUUCUUGGGCUCACAGAUCGGAAGACGCUAUCCUAUUGCGGAGAUUAGCCUGAACUCGAAUAAGAUUGGGAACCAAGGUCUUCUCGCGAUAUCACAGUAUCUGACACAGAAUGCGGCACUGAAGGAACUAUUCAUUCAAGCAAACACCUUCACUGGCGACCGUCAUGUUAUCGAAACGUUUGCCAAAGCUCUAAACUCGUCCUCCCUCGAGACCCUAUCUCUCACCGGCAACCACGCCCUGGGCGACGGCUUUGCAGAGACGUUCUUCCCGGUCCUCAACUGCCCGUCUCUGCAGGAACUCCACAUCUCCAGCAUCGGCCUCACCCCUCGCUCCGUUCCCCAUCUGUCUGGUUUCAUCCGCUCGCCAGACAGGUGCAGGUUAACUACGCUCAAAUGCAACGGGAAUGCAUUGGGACUGAAGGGCGUCCAAUCUCUCGUGCGAGCCGUAGAACAACGAAACCACUCCUUGACCAUCAUCGAGUUUCACGCCAACGACCUUCCAUCGGAUCCGGCGAGUGAAGCUGUUGAAUACGAGUCUGAUAAUGAAGAAGAAGAAGAGACACCCCAACAAACAUCGUUUGACGCUUGGAAGACUUUGCAGGAACGCCUGAAAGCCGCCGCUACGCGCAACAGCCUCCUGAAGAACGAGUCCGAGCGACAGGCUUUGCGUUUACUGCGGUAUGCCCGCACACUUCUGCUACACCGGAAGCUCGACAGCCCGGAGGAUGAAGCUCCUCGUUCACCGUCUCUCGAUCGUUCCAAGCGCGACAUCUUCCCUUUUACAUCCUUGCCAAUCGAGUUGCAGCUUCACAUUCUCUCCCUCCUCGCACCUUCACUUUCACCUGCCCAGCGACACCGGAUCUUCCGCUACGCAGCCUCUCCAUCCACCCUUCCUCCUUUGUUACCCCGUCUGACGAGGGCAGGCUCAACCGAUGGAUGCCUCCCUGACCCCGGAAAUGUCACGUUCGGAGUGGUGAACAAAGUUUGGGCUCUCGAAGGUGGCAGCGUCCCUCUUUGUGAUACCGGGGAGUGCAUGGGCACGAAGAACACGGUCUCUUGCCACGUCGAGAAGAACCGAUCCAAAUGGCUCUACGAGAUGGGAUGUAAUGUGUAUGAACCGCAUUAA